AUGCCGGCUAAGAAAAUUAAAGGGCCAUCGGACCCAAAACAACCACGUCUUUCCUUUUUAUCAAUUACCACAACAACACCAGAAAGUUCUACAAGCUCUGAUGUUUCUAAAGUAACAGAAACGGAUGUAACGGAACAACCUGAGCGCCACUUCCAGGGUAAGUGGCUUGCCCUACACCCAUGGCUCGAGUACGACUCCGAUAGCAGUAAAAUGUUUUGCAGAGAGUGCAAAAAAUACGGAAUGAACAACAUCUUUACUGCAGGCACAGAUAACUACCGAACUAGCACACUUACUCGACAUGUGACAAGCAAAGAUCACCAGAGAGCAAUACUUGCCCCAGAAGAACAAGGACACUUAAAGAAGUCUAUAGAAAAAGCCCACAAUAAGCAAGAAAAAGCAGUGAUCGUCGCCAUGAAAGCGGUUUAUUGGCUGGCUAAAGAGGGGAUAGCCUUAUCUAAGUACUCAAGUUUUAUCAGAUUUCUGAAGGAUUUAGGAGUUCCCGAUAUUGAUGCCCUUGAUGUAAACAAGCAUGUGGAUUACACCUCUUACAAUACAGCCAACGACUUACUGAAAUCCAUGUCCAACGUCAUAGACCAGGAAAUUACUGAUAAACUGCAAAAGUCACCAACAGUUACGAUCAUGACAGAUGAAAGCACGGAUAUCGCUAAUCAUCACAAGCUGUGUAUUUCAGCUCGUGUUGUUGAUCCUAUCAGUCUCCAGCCAUCAACCUUUUUUCUCAGCGAUGUCAGGAUAACGAAUGGGACAGGAAAGGGGAUUUUUAAUGCCAUUAAAGACCACCUUGACAGUCGAGGAGUGGCAGUGAAGAAAGUUAUGGGACUGGGUACUGAUGGGGCUUCUACCAUGACAGGUACUAAGGAGGGUUUGACCGGUCACUUCCUUCGUGAGAAUCCCCACAUGAAGAACAACCACUGUGCUGCACAUCGACUUGCACUUUGCUCUGAACAGGCAGCUAAAGGUGUUCCUGGAAUGGUUAAAUUCCAGCAAAGCCUUGAGACUCUCUUUUAUCACUUCAAAAAGUCUCCCACCAAAGCUGAUAAACUUGAAGCAAUCCAAAACCUGUUGAAUGAGCCAUCUGUCAAAUAUCGUGAGGUCCAUCAGGUCAGAUGGCUGAGUUUCUAUGAAGCUCUUGACUCAGUAUAUAGAACCCUGGACUCUUUGUUGUCCUACUGCUCCUCAGACACUAAAGAUCCCAAAGUUGUAGGUCUGAGGAAGAAAGUUGGAAGCGAGAUAUUCAUCAGCUUAACAUAUGCCAUGAUGGACAUUCUCCAGCCUAUCAUGAAGCUGAGUCUUGUGUUCCAGAAGAAAGACUUGGACCUUGGAGUUGUAAAGGUAAAUUUAUCUAAAACUGAAAUUAAUAUUUUGUAUUCAAUUUUUGUGGUGAAUAUGAAAUGGAAUCAUAAUUGUUUUGUUUUAUUUUUCUUCAACAGGAACAAUAGGUAAAUUGAAUUUUC